UAUUCGCGGGAUUUACAAAUUUUUUUUAAAUUGAAAGUAGACGUGAUGAGUAAACUGGAAAUGGAGGAAAUAAAAUGCACAGAACAUAAACAACUUUGCUAUUUGAAGACUGGAACUAAAGCUGGACCUAACUAUGGAGUUAGUUUCUAUGUGUGUCCUCUAUCAUGUGGAUUUUUCAAACAAGCACAAAUUUCUUCCACAAAGUGUCCUCAGCAUCCAGAUGAGAUUGUAGAUUUACAGGCAAUAUUUUUUGGCAAGAGUUCUGGUGAGAAAAGGAGAUACCACAGGUGUCAUGGAAGAAUUGCUGGACAGUCUUGGUGUGGCCAUAACUCGGAGAAAAAGUCCUCAGUUAAGCCUUUGGGUGAUCAUAACCAUCAGUCAACAUCAGAUAUGCCACCUGCCCAUCAGAAGCAGACAAAAACACCACCGAAACAAGAUAACAGCAAAGAAUCUCCUUCAGGUUCUUCAAAAUCAGAGAAAGACAAAGCAAGAAGCCAAUCAAAUUCCAAAACAAAGUCACAUGAUACUGAGACAGAUGAUGAUGAUAUUGUAGAUGGCGUUGUAAACUUAAGCAUUAUUGAUGACUCAGAUGAAGCUGAUCAGCACUCUUUUGAGAAACAGAAGAAAUCAGCUCAAAAAUAUAAAUCAAAUACAUCCAAAGAAGAAGAAGGAAUGAACCAAGCUAUGGCUAAUUUAAGCACAUAUGAUGAAGAAGAGUUGGAAGAUAAUCCUUCAGACAAAAGUUAUGAUUUAGGAUCAAACUCUUCUGGUUCUUUACCAAGUCCUGGUUUAACUGGUGAAGAUGGCAAAAAACUACCAAGAACUGAUAUUGCUGAGAAGUAUAGCAAAUAUAAAAUAAAAAAGAAAUCAUCAUUAAGCCCAAGUCAACAAGAUAAAGAGGGUUCCUGUGCUAAUAAUCAUGAAAACAAUGCAAAACAUCAAAGUCCUAAUUCAGAUGUAAAUUUGCCUCUUUCUGAAAGAAUCAGACUAAAAUCAAAUGAAAGUAUAAAGUCUUCUUUAUCAAGUUGUUCCUCAACGUCUGAGGAUGUUAACUCACCUGGAAGAAAGUCAGAUGUUAUUGAUUUGAUAAGUGACAGUGAUGAGGAUGAAAGUGAAAAGGAGACUGGGUUACUAGAGCAACCAAAAAGAUAUCAGCCUCCAUCACAACAGCAGACAGCAAGUCCACAAAAUCUGAAAUCAGGAUCAGAAUCAAUCAUUAAAGAUGCUGUUAAACAAGCACAAGAUCAGAGAAGUCAAAUGAAAUCAUCACUCACUCAACAGGUGACACAGAAUAUAGGUCAAGGACAGAAGCCACACACACAGUUCAUAGCACCAAAACCAAGUGCACUGACCUCUGCAGAUAUGUACAACUUACAGCUAGAUAUUGAUAGAAGAACUGACUUACAGAGACAGUUAGAAAGGUUAAAGCAUGUUGUUGCUACAGCUAAAAUGUCAGCAUUGCCAGAUAAAGGGGAGAAACUCAUCCGACAAGUAGAAGAUGUUGAUAGAGCACUCAAAACUGUCAGUAGGAAGAUUGACAAUACCAUGCAAACCAUGAGAAGUAAUAAGACAGGCCAGGAUACAGGAAGUAAUAAUAAUCCUGCAGCAACUCAGGGUGCAGUAUCUACAAAUAAUACCCAACAACCUUCAGAUUCAUCUCAGUACCAAACUUACAAAAUUGUUCAGCCAGAUGGAAAGACGUCUGUUGUAAAGAUACCAAUGACUAGUGGGUCAACACAACCUACAUCCAAUCACCAAGCCCACAAUCCACAAGGGUUAAAACAAACCAGUAUACUAGCCCACACACAGACUAUACCACCACACAUAAUGCAGCAGUUAUAUGCAGCAAAUCCACAAGCCAUGCAGUUGUAUGGAGGCAGAAUGACAAACCAGAGAAUGAGAGAAGUCACCAGUAUAACAGCUGAGGCUAUAGAAAAACUUCAUAAACAAAUAAAAACUUGUCCUGAUGACACCUAUGAAUUAGAAGAUCCAGAAGGAUUGAAAGUUCCCUUAAUGUUGCAUCAAAGACAGGCUAUAGCAUGGCUGGUGUGGAGGGAAAGACAACAACCAGCUGGAGGGAUUCUAGCUGAUGACAUGGGUUUAGGUAAAACCCUGACUAUGAUCUCACUGAUAAUGAAACAAAAACAACUGAAGGAAAAUGGUACAGAUGAAGAUAAACAGACUUGGUUAAGUAGAGACAAACAGUUAGAAAAAUUGAGCAAAAAUUUGGUUAAAUCAAGAGCUACUCUGGUGAUCUGUCCAGCAUCUUUGAUCCAUCAAUGGAAAACAGAGAUAGAAAGAAGAGUUAAAGGAAGUAGACUGAAAGUGAUGCUGUAUCAUGGACCUGACAGAGAGUCAGAUAUACUAAGAUUAGCUGACAAUGAUGUAGUGCUGACAACCUAUAACCUGGUUGCUAAGGAGGUUGGGGCAUCAGAUAUUAAUGCUGAGGAUCCUGCUAAGGAUGAAGAUCCAGAUGAAGAGGAUAAAAAAGAUGAGCUUUCUGCAGUGAAACACAAAUCAGACUCUAAGAUGUUACGCAUUGCCUGGGAUAGAAUUGUAUUAGACGAGGCACAUAACAUUAAAAAUCAUAAAAGUUUGACAGCAGUAGCAGUGUGUAGAUUAAGAGCUGGUUUCCGGUGGGCACUGACUGGUACCCCUAUACAGAAUAAACUUCUAGAUAUAUUUUCUUUAUUGAGAUUUUUAAGAUGCUCCCCAUUUGAUGAAUACAAGUUAUGGAAGAAACAGGUUGAGAGAGACAACAGUGGUCAUAGUCGUCUGAAUGUAUUAGUGAAAUGUUUAUUACUUAGAAGAACUAAGAACCAAGUUGACAAGGCUGGAAAACCAUUGGUAGCUUUACCAACAAAGACUAUAAAGGAAUAUGAAAUAAAGUUAUCUGAAAAUGAGAGAAAAGUGUAUGAAAAGAUAUUUGCGCAAUCAAAGGAUGUUAUGAGAGAUUAUUUGAAACGACAUGGAGAAAAGGAUAUUGACACUUCAAGUCAGUCUACAACAUCAAAUGUAAACCCAUUCCAAGACAAAUCACCUUCAAAGGUUGCAGGUCAAGGGUCACAGAUGACAGGAGGUGGUCUGGCCCUCAACACACAACAGAGACCUGGAGGUCAAAUGAUCUUGGUUAUGUUGUUACGGUUACGACAAUGUUGUUGUCAUUUAAGUUUAAUGAAAGAUGCACUAGAAGAUGAAAUAGCUGAGGAUGAAGGCUUAGAGUUAGAUAUUGUAGAGCAGAUGAGAGGAAUGGGUCUGGAGGAAGAGGGAACCAAAGAACCUUCUCUUACCAAAUCUAAUGCCUGCUUUGAAAAGGACUCUCUCAGUACAAAGGUGGAGGCAGUUAUGAAGAAAUUGAGAGAAAUAAGGGAUUCUUCAGAAAAGAGCAGAAGGCAGAAAAGCGUAAUUGUGUCACAGUGGACUAAGAUGUUGGAUAUAAUAGCUGUCCAUCUAGAUAGAAUGGGUGUUAAGUACAGUGUCAUCCAGGGCAACAUCCCCCCUAAAAAGAGAAAUGAAUUUGUGGAAGAUUUUAACACCAAUCCCAAAGGAUCUGAAGUAAUGUUGGUGUCCCUGAGAGCUGGUGGUGUUGGUCUAAAUCUGAUUGGAGGAAACCAUCUCUUCUUGCUAGAUCAACAUUGGAACCCAGCAUUAGAAGAUCAAGCUUGUGACAGAAUAUAUAGAGUAGGGCAGACCAGAGAUGUCAUGAUACACAGAUUUCUGUGUAAAGAUACAGUGGAAGAAAAAAUUGUUCAACUUCAAGAUAGUAAGAAAAAAAUUGCUGAUAAUGUAUUGACAGGAUCAAAGGCAACAAGUUCCAAACUGACAUUACAGGAUCUAAGGAUGAUAUUUGGUGUAUAGUAAACUAUAUGGACAUACAUGUACAUGCAUUUUAAUUGCUUUAUUUAUUUAAUAGUAGCUAUAUAACAAUUUUAGAACUUUUAGAUCUCUUGUGUUUUUUAUAUGUCAUUUAUUUGAUAAAGACAUAUUUGUAUUGGU